AAAAUGCAACAAUUAUUGUUUUAAUACCUGUGCUUUGCUUUAUUUUAAAUAAUUGUCCUUGUCACAAUCGUAUUUAUCGGCUGAGUCACAUUACAGUUUCCCAUUUUUGUGACAUUUGGGGUUAUGUCUCAAUUUUUAAAAGUGAAUUUUGUGCUAUUUUCGCCUGAGUCAGGCCGAUUUUAAUGCUUUUUUUUCCAUCAGCUAAGUUCAAAAUGUUUAAAAAUGUUUCCCGUUUUAUUUCAAGUAACUUUUACGUAUUUUUGGGGCUCCUCAUCGGUUUGUACAUAUCGUCGUUCCUGUCCGACUCUUUGGAACCCCUGUGUGCCUCAAAAACAAAUCUAAAAGUGCCUCAAGACGUAGUCGGCAAUAAAGUCGCCUCAGUGGCCCCCUCGACCAAACCAAGUGCCCCGAAAAAGUCGAAAUUGGUCAGGCCGCGAUACUACUCAACGGAAUUGGGGAUCCGCGAGAAGCUUUUCGUUGGUAUUUUCAGUUCGGAGGAGAAAGUCAAUUCUCAGGUCAUUCAUUUGAACAAAACAAUUAGUCAUCUAGUGGACCAGAUCAAAUUUUUUAUUACGGCCCAAUACAAGUUGAAAAGUCGGUUCAAUUUGAGCGGUUUGGUGGGUUUCACCGACACGAGAGCCAAAUACCGUCCCUUCCAAGUCCUCAAAUACAUCGGUGAUAACUUCCCCCAAGACUACGACUAUUAUUUCCUCGCGAACGACUACACGUUCAUCAAUGCACACAGACUGACCGAUUUGGUGAAAAAAAUCAGCGUGAGUAUGGACGUGUACUUGGGUGACCCCGCCCCUGACUCCUCCUACUGCAACUUGGCCUCUGGAAUCGUCCUCAGCAACUCUGUGAUCAAAGCAAUGCGAGACCACCUGGACUGGUGUGUCAUAAACGCAAUUUCGGACGACCACAGCGAGAAUUUAGGCCGUUGUGUCCACCACAGUAUUGGACUGACGUGUCAAAAUACACUCCAAGGCCAAACUUUUCACUCUUUUAAGCUGCGACACUUUGAACUCGAUCACCACUUGCGCCACCUCUCGGAAAACCCCGAAUUCAAUCAGGCGGUCACCGUGCACCCCAUCCUACAGGGUGACAAUUUCUACCUCCUUAACGCCUACUUCCUCAAGCAACGUUUGGUUCAAAUCACUCACGAGAUCGGUGUUUUGAGUGAGGACUUGGACGGGGUUUGGCCCCCGGGACAAAGACCGGGGGCGAAGCCCGCCACGAGGUUUGAUCUACCGAGACAGGUCUACUUCAAUAUGAGUCAUGCGUUCUUCCCGGACGAUUUCACGAAUGUGAGGGGGCACACAAAAGCCGAGUUGGGGGAUAUCCAGAAUGUAAUCGAGGAAGUGGCGGUUAAAGUCCACACGGAGAGCCCCAAACGGUUCCAAUUCCGGCGCUUGAUUAACGGUUACCGGAGUUUUGAUUUAAGUCGCGGCAUGGACUACACCCUUGACCUCGGUUUCCGGGAUUUGACCACCGGAAUAGAAGUUGUGAAGAGGUUUGAGGUGUGUAAACCGCUCGGGAAAGUUGAACUACUUCCGGUGCCCUAUGUCACAGAAAACUCCAGAGUGACGAUAAUUCUUCCGGUUCAAGAAUCGGAAGUUGGGGCGGUCAUGGACUUCCUUCAAGGUUACACCAAUGGGAUUAUGGACCGGAAAGAGAAAACUUUCCUAAUGUUGGUACUCCUGUACCAAUCCGACUCGAGUAACAAAGGCACGAGUGAUGUCUACUACACUGUUAAAAAUUUCGCAACUAAAGUAACAAGCAAGUAUAAGAAUGAGGAUGUUAGGAUUGCCUGGGUGUCGGUUAGGCUUCCAACAUGGCCGACUUCGUUCAAAAUGGAGGAGCGAAAAGUGAUGGAUUUCGCUGUCGUAGACCUGGCUUUGCGGAAAAUCGGGCCCGAGAGUCUGGUUUUAGUCCUCGACCCGUACACAAACAUCACCAGCGAUUUUCUAAAUCGCGUACGUAUGAACACAAUUGCGAAUUUCCAGAUUUUCAGUCCGAUUCCGUUCAAACAAUACGACCCGAAAGUGUCGCAAGUCGCAACAUUGGACAUAAAUAAAAAUAGCGGCCAUUUUGACCGAGACGACUACAAAUAUGUUUCUUUCUAUGGCAAGGAUUACAUCGCUGCCCGGAAACAACACCAGAAAAAAUUACCAAUCGUGCGAAUCGAUAGUGACUUGAGUCAAAUCCUUCGGGAGGAAUUUAACGACUUUGGGGAUAAUAUUUUUGGCAUGUUUGUCGAAUUUGGGGGCGACUUACACGCAUUACGUGCCACUGAAAUGGGCUUGAAAGUGAGAUAUAGGAGUGGGCGUGGUUUCAGCGGAAGCGCCGCCCAAUUGGGGCGUUUACUUAUGACACAAAUUAGUGAAAUUUUGUAAAAUGAAUCAGAUUGCAGUAUGUAUAUUCAUCAAUAUCAUACAUAAUAUAUAUUUGUAACAAA